AUGAAAGUAGUAACAAUUUUUGUAAUACUUCUAACAUUAAGUGUAAUUUUAAUAGAAGCUAACAAGAACCAACCAGAUGCAAGUGUUUGGGACCCAGUAACAAGCUUCUUGGAGCAAGCAAUCGUCAAUGGUUCAUUCCCAGGUUGUGUCGCAUUGGUUGGAACUCGUGAUAAAAUUCUAUAUUCAAGUGCUCCCGGAGCAUAUACCUAUGGUGUUCCAACACCAAUAAAUGUACCUAAAGUACCACAAAUGGAAAUAGAUACUCUAUUUGAUAUGGCAAGCUGUACAAAGGUUACUGCCACCACAACAGCAAUUGCACAAUUCUAUCAAAGAGGUGAAUUAAGUUUAGAUUCAACAAUUGCUUCGAUUUUAGGUCAACAAUUUGCUGUCAAUGGAAAGGGUCCAAUCACAGUUUUGAAUUGUUUAUUACAUAACUCUGGUUUUUACCCAGAUCCAAACCCAUUUUGGAAUACACCAGAAUUUGGAUGUCCAGCAACAGCUUAUGAAUAUCCACCAUUAGAGUUUUCUUGUCAAACCCAAUUCUAUAAUAGUAUUAUGAAUCAGAGUUUAAUGAAUCCAAUUGGUUCAACCUAUGUAUAUAGUGAUUUAAAUUUCAUGACAUUAAUGCUUGUAGUUGGACAUUAUGCAAGAACAUUGGGAUAUGUAAAAGAAUAUGAAGUUUUACAAGAUUGUCUUACUGGUGGACCAGGUAUUGAUCAAUGUUACUAUGAGGCAUAUGUCAGAAAAUAUGUAUUCUAUCCACUACAUUUAAAGUCAACCAACUAUUUACCUCCAACUUACUUGGCACCUUAUUGCGCACCAACUGAAAACGAUACUGUAUAUAUGCACACCACUAUUCAGGGAGUUGUUUCUGAUGGUAAUGCCUAUGCAAUGGGUGGUAUCGGUGGACAUGCAGGUGUAUUUUCAAAUGCACCAGAUAUGUAUCAAUUCAUGCACGCAAUUAUGUUUGCCGAUAAAAACAGUGACUACCUCAACUCUACAACCGUUCAACUCUUUACAACUGAAUACAAUCAUACACAAAGUAGCAGAGCUUUAGGUUGGAAUACAAAUGACCCAACAGUACCAGAUUAUGGAUGGAGCCUUGCCUGUGGAACACUUUCACCAAAAACAUGGAUGCAUCUUGGUUACACAGGAACAAUGCUCAGUGUUUUUUCAAAAAUUAAACAACAACCCCUAACUCUAGUUGUAUCAAAAGUGGUUAAAUUUAAAAAAACCAUGAUUUUAAAACUUAUUAUCAAACAACAAUUUAUUAAAUCACAUCAUUUUUCAAUAAAUGAAAUCCCACACUUUUUAGCAUCUUCUCCAUAA